AUGGGUGUCCAGGAGAUUCUGUCCCGCAAGUCCGGCGUUAUCGUUGGCGAUGACUGCCUCAAGCUGUUCGAGUACGCUCAGCAGCACACCUUUGCCAUCCCCGCCGUCAAUGUGACCUCUUCAUCCACCGUCGUGGCCGCUCUCGAGGCUGCCCGUGACAAGAACUCCCCCCUGAUUCUCCAGAUGUCUCAGGGCGGUGCUGCCUACUUUGCCGGAAAGGGAGUUGCCAACGGUAACCAGGAGGCCUCUAUUGCCGGAGCCAUCGCCGGAGCCCAGUACAUCCGUGCAAUUGCCCCCAGCUACGGCAUCCCAGUUGUCCUGCACACUGACCACUGUGCUAAGAAGCUGCUGCCAUGGCUCGACGGCAUGAUGGACGCAGAUGAGGACUACUUCAAGAAGCACGGCGAGCCUCUCUUCUCUAGCCACAUGAUCGAUCUCUCUGAGGAGGAGGUCCAGUGGAACAUCGACACCACCGCCAAGUACCUCAAGCGUGCUGCUCCAAUGAAGCAGUGGCUCGAGAUGGAAAUCGGCAUCACUGGUGGUGAGGAGGACGGCGUCAACAACGAGGACGUGGACAACAACGCCCUCUACACCCAGCCCGAGGACAUCCUCAAGAUCUACAACACCCUCUCCCCCAUCAGCCCGUACUUCUCGAUUGCCGCUGGUUUCGGUAACGUGCACGGCGUGUACAAGCCCGGCAACGUCCGCCUCCACCCCGAGCUCCUCUCCAAGCACCAGGCCCACGUUAAGGAGAAGACCGGCUCCAGCAAGGACAAGCCCGUCUUCCUCGUCUUCCACGGCGGCUCUGGCUCCUCCAAGGCCGAGUACACCGAGGCCAUCAGCUACGGCGUCGUCAAGGUCAACCUGGACACCGACCUGCAGUACGCCUACCUCACCGGCGUGCGUGACUACGUCCUGAACAAGAAGGACUACCUGAUGAGCGCUGUCGGCAACCCAGACGGUGAUGACAAGCCCAACAAGAAGUACUUUGACCCCCGAGUCUGGGUACGCGAGGGCGAGAAGGCCAUGUCCAAGCGUCUGCACACUGCCUUUGACGACUUCAACACCACCAACCAGAAGUAA